AAGGACCGCCAGGGAGACCAGGGCCUGCUGGAACACCAGGAAAACCCGCAAGGCCUGAGUGGAUUGGACGGCUUACUGGGGGUUGAAGGCAACGAAGGCGAUCCGGGUGAUACUGGUUUCAGGGGAGCUCCUGGGUCACCUGGCAAGCCUGGUAAGAUGGGAAAAACUGGGCCUCCUGGGAUCAGUGGAAAUAUUGGAGCUGGAGGUUUCAAGGGUAAAACUGGACCAAAUGGAAACCAUGGACCUCCUGGACCUAUUGGGCCAAAGGGUAUUCCAGGACUGAGAGGAGAGAAGGGUGAACCUGGAAGUCUUGGAACAAAGGGUCUCCCAGGUGACACAGGGGCCCUGGGACCAGACGGGCCUCCAGGGAUAAAGGGAAAUCCUGGUUUGCAGGGACUAACAGGUCCCAUAGGCCGUAAAGGAAAGCAGGGGGACACUGGUCCUCAUGGUCCACCAGGUCUAUAUGGCUUCCUUGGCACUCCUGGCAAGCGUGGAACAAAGGGAAUGAAAGGCUUCCAGGGCAAGAGAGGAUCAAAAGGAGAAAAAGGAAAGCCUGGACCUCCAGGAAAACCAGGUGCUCCAGGAAAACACAGAGGGCAGUCAAGUCCAGAUCAAAGACAUGAGCUAAGGCCUAAAACCAGAACCAGUACAAAGUCUAAACUGAAAAAUGUGCCAACAUCCAGGCUCAUCUUCCUGAAGCAAAAGAGGCCCAGGUCAGUGCAGAGGAGUUUUCCUCAAGGAGAUGAGGAGGAGGAGUUGCUCAGUUUGCCCAUGGGAACUAAGGAUGAUCCUGCCACCACCUGCCAUGAGCUGGGACUCAUACACCCAAAGCUGAAUGAUGGAUACUUUUACAUGGACCCCAACCAAGGCUGCGUUUGUGAUGCCCUGAAGGUGUUCUGUAACUUUACAGCAGGAGGAACAACCUGCAUUGACCCUUUAAAGUCAAAGAUUAAACUCAGAUGGGAACCAGAAAUGCAGAAAUCCACAGCUCUCCAGUGGUUUAGUCAGCAGCAUGGUGGAAACAAGUUUGAGUAUGCUGGCAUGGAUGUUGUCCAGCUGAGGUUUUUGCGAUUACACAGCCAUACGUCUUUCCAGCACAUGACUGUCAGCUGGACAGGAAACCCCUCCAGUGCUGCUGCCACAGCUAAUUCAACUAAUAUGAUCUAUGUGCUGGGAGACUCCGGCAAAGAAAUCAGUUCGCACCUUAUUGGACUUUCCAGAAAAGAAUUUGAGGUGCACAUGGUUGUGAGGGUUCAGGGGAGCACAGAGCUCCAUCGAGGAGAUAUGGAGUUGCUACCUGUCAAAGAUCUGGGUGUAGCAAUGAGGGCGAUAGUUCACCUCAACCCAGAGAUCACGGUGGCCCUGGGACCCCUCUGCUUCUUGUGACCAGUGAGGAGUGAGUGUGAGUGUGUGUGUGUGUGUGUGUGUGUGUGAGUG